ACUGAUAUUUAGGCAAGAAACUUCGAAAAAGUAGAUUUUCUUUCCAAACUUUUGUUCACAAUGAACCAAGAUUGAAGGUCAUUAACUAUUCAAGCAUUUAUGUGCAGAAUACCUUUGGCAUCGGCCUUGAUAUAGAACACUGUGAAAGUUCCUGUACUUCUGGUUUAGCUAAGAAAAUGGAAUCGCAAAAAGUGAUUGAAAUUUUGUGAUUUUAAAAUGGAUAACAAGAUUGUUGCGAUGGACAAAUCAGGGAAAUCAAGUUCAAAUGGAAAGAAGAUGAAUUUGUUGGACCAAGUAAAACACCAGUUGGAAUAUUACUUUUCAAGAGAAAAUUUAACUCAAGAUCCCUACCUUGUUUCACAAAUGGACAGCCAACAGUUUGUAUCAAUUUUAACAAUUGCUAACUUCAAUGCUGUGAAAAAACUUACUUUGGAUAUCAACUUGGUUAUUGAGGCUUUAAAAGCUUCGGAAUAUGUACAAGUGGAUGAGAAGUGUGAAAAAGUUCGACCCAACCAAAGACGCUGUAUGGUUAUUUUGAGAGAAAUUGCACAGAAUACCCCACAAGAGAGUGUUGAAUCACUAUUUGCAAGUUCAGAUUGCCCCGAUUUUCUGAGUUGUGAAUUUGCUGGUGGCACGAGUUGGUAUGUCACGUUUGAAACUGAGGUAAAAGCUCAGAAAGCCUACCGCCAUUUGAGAGAAAAUGUUGUUCAGUUUUGUGGAAAACCAAUAAUGGCUAGAAUCAAAUCCAAAAGCCACCACCUCAAUCCUUCAACUGCAUUUGACCCAGAACAAAUUUCUGUACAACCGCGUCCACAUGUGCAAAAAUUUGAACAGAUGAAUGCAGAAGAGAGCAAUAAUUCCAAGUGUAAUGGUCAUGUUUUUGCACCAACUUCACCUCCGCCUGUUUCACCAAAGUCAUCAGCAUGCGAAGUUAUGAAACAAACCACCAAAACUUCCACUGAGUCUGCAACUGUAACCACAACAUACACUGGGAAUUUUUUGUUACCAACUGUACAGUGGGCAACACAAAGUAUAUAUGCUGCUCCCGGUGGCGAUAAUGUGUGUAUUCCGUUCCCACGUCAAAGCUAUCAUCCUCAUUUACAAAGACAUCAAGUUCAUGGUGGGAAUAAAUACCCUGUUGAUAAUACAAGAAACAUGUUCGGAAACCAAGAGCCUGUUUUACAUUAUAAAGGACAAAACAGUUCCAUGAUGAAUUUUAAUUCAAACCUUAUUGUAACAAACAACCGGCACUCUGCAAAUCAUUCGAGUAAAUUUCAACCCAUGAUACCAGGUCCAUGCCAAGCAGAAUAUUUGCCUGCCGUUAACACAGCACCAUUUGUGACUCCAAAUGCAAAUGAGUCUCUAAUACUGGUCUCGCCACAAGUGUUUCAUUCCCAUCAGUACAAGCAACAUAACACUGUCCCACCAAGACACCAGCGGGGUUAUAAUGGCGUGCAUCAUCACCAUCAAAAUAUAUCACAGCCUGGAAGAUACGUGCCCAAUAGAAAUGGUGCUUACCUUGUCAAUCAACAAGAAAUAAGUCCCAGAUUUUUGCAAAAAGGCCAGCGAAACAUGGACACCAAACACAAGUAUGUCAAAUUCAAAGUUUAACAAUAGAUCAACAAAUCUACAAGAUCCUGAGCAAUAUAAAAAAUGUUUUAAACCCGUAUAUAAUGGUGAUGCAACAAAUUCUUCAGAAACUUACCAAAGUUCAGUAUCUACUGUGAAUGCUGCUAACACUAGUAUCAGAACCAAGCCAAGCUCCAGCCAUUCCUAUUCAGCCAAGCAAGACAAUAGCCAACAUACAAAUGAAGAGCCAACUCAAAAUUCAAGACACGGAAGUAACCGGGACUUCAAAAAAGUUACAAAUGAAUCGAACGCGAAUCAAAUAAACAAAUCAUUUGAUUUGAAACUCGAAGAAAUAGGAUUUCCACCAUUACCAGGGUGUAAUGUUACGGAACAUAAACCAACCACAAAACAAGUCAAAAAAUAUUCUGAAGUUUCGAAUCCUCAGAAUCAAAGUGUGGAAACAAAAACAAACAUUCGUGUUGAACAUUGUGAGGGAAAUAAUAAAAAUGUGACAGAAAAAGUGUCACACAAAGCACGUGUACAAGCAGAACAAAAUGGAAGCGGUGAUACUGAUAUGAAGCCAUGCGCUGCUAAGUUAAAACAAAAUAAGCAGAAGAUUGUACCUACUACUGAUGUAUCUGGACCAACUGUGUCUGCUCCAUCCAAAGUAGAUGCUUCUCAUGAAACUAAUUGUGUUUCGAAGACAAAUACAAGUAAAAACUGUGAUGAAGAAACAAAUGCAGUUGAACCAUCAUCUAAUACAGGAGGUGCAACGAAACAGUCUCACUGUGAUGAUGAACAAAAACCAACGUAUGCUGACAUGCUUAGGAAAAUAGAACACAAAGAAAAUGUUAUUUGCGACAAGCAAUUAGAAGUUUUAAAAUCGAAAUCAGCACCGAAAAGCGAAAAAUCUUGUGCAGACGAAAACAUGCAUCGAAACAAGCUUGAUAAACCUGUCGAAAAAAAAGGAGAACAAACACAAACGGAUAGAAAUUCUAAAAACCGGUCAAACCACCAUGAAGAGUUUAAAAGAAAAUCUUACAAAAAAAGAUGCAAGCAAAAUAGAGGAGGAAAGGUUUUAUCGGAACAUUAUCACAAAAAUUCGCAUUUCAACAAGUCUAACCAAACACAAAUGUCGCAUAGUGAUUUAAAUAAGGAAGUUUGCCAUGCUGGUCAUACAGAUCAGCACUCUUGUGAACAUUAAUAUAAUGAUAUGCACGUGGUAAUGCUAGUCUAAACUUGGUUCUUCAUGUUUAUCUAUCGCUUUUUAAACUGAUAAAUAUACACUGGUUAUGUUACUACAUAGUACAUGCUAAACCAGCCCCUUUUCAUUUGAGUUAGGUUAAAAUUCCUUUCCAAAUGAAAAGUAAAACGCAUUUAGUAAACACAUGUGUACUGUUGUUACUCAUAGAGUUUUGUCAGUUUGUUUAAGUGACAAAAAAUGACAUUCGUCAAAAAAAUGCAUGGCUGAAUUCUAAUUUAUUCCUGUGAUUAUUGCUUAUUUAACAUAAUUUAUUGUUGACGCAUAUAUCGUAAAUGGGCCAAAUAUUUGUUAUUGUUUUUAGUUUAAUCCUAAUGCCACAACUAGUGGGUAGACAUUCAUCCUAAUUUAUUACUGUAGUAGCAAAAAUGAAAACUGUAUUAUUUUGAAAGCACAAUUUUAUUUCUGAAUGAUUUUGGAAGCUAGCAAUAAAAUGGGGAGCUUUUUACUAUAAAAAAUGAUUUUAAUAUUUCGUUUUUUGGAAUAUUUGCCCAUUUUCAUGUAACUCUUACUGUGUUAACUACUCUUAACCUGCUUGUAAGGUAGGCUUUUUUAAUUUGUUUUUGUUCCAAUUUUUAACACAGCAACAAUUCAAACGUCGAAUAUCUUGCAACUUUUCAGUUCUUGUUAUUUUCCUCAACUAUUUGUUUGUUUUCCUGUAGCUAAUAUUUAAUUGGAUUACAUCGACUAAAAGUUUCACGUUAUGCAUUAGGUUUGCAGUGGAUUACUUCAAUAAAAAUAAGUGUGUUCUUGCUCCAUCUCAAA